AUAUUUGUGCCAAACGCUUAGUACAUAGCGCUAAGUGUUGUGCUGAGCGCCAAGACCUGCACACACACACAUUCAAGGCACACGCCAUGAGCCACCAGUUUCAAGUGAGCUAUACCGCCCUUGAGAUGACCGAUGAUAAUCAUCAUGCUUCCUCUAUGCCGUCGGUGGUGUCCUCAUCAUCGCCACGUACGGCGCGUAAUGUCAACUUUCACGGCGAAAUUAAUGAUACACCACCCACACCGCCACCCGGAUUUCCACCACAACAAUUGCCACCAGCACGCCGCACUUCGAAAUCCUUCUUUCAGCGACCACGUUCGAUGUCCGCUUGGAGUGAUAUUAGCCGGAGUAGUAUGCGUUUGGAUGAACGGUAA